GCCGGGCUAGUUGUCACACGGGGAAGUGCUGUUUCUCAGUAAGUUGGAUAUACAUUUGUUCUUGUUCUAGUAGUAGUUGUGUGUGUUGAUUUCAAAUCUAGUUAGAGUAAUGAUUUGAGAACUAAUUCACAAUUUUACAAUUUCUAUUAAACUGCCAUUUAUUAAAGCAUCUACGUAAUGAGGUUACAGUGCACUUCAGUAGUACUUUUGUCACCCUUGGAAAAAUGAGCAAAGGCGGCUGUUAAAAAUGUCUUCAUUGUUUAACCUUUCCAUCUUUUGUUGAAAAUAUUAGCAAAAAGAAUAUUAACAAAAGGUGUUAUCUGAUAUUUAUACACUUGUGAAUUCCCUUUUCUUAUAGCAAAACAUUUAUAUAUUUAUAUAAAGUGUAUUUUACUAAUAAAUAAUUCAUAAUUAGAAUUCAUAAUUGGGCCAAAUAUAUGAGGGUAGUUGACAAAUAUACCCUACAUGUGUUCUAUGACAGCAAAAAUGUAGAAAAAGAACUAACAAUAAAGAUAAACCUCUCUUAUGCGAUUUCAUAUUAUAAAUUAAAUAUUAUUAACAGUUAGUUUUCUAUAUUUUUUGCUACUGUAUGUCACACCAUAGGACACAUGUUCGGCAUAUUUGUCAACUAACCAUAUAUUUUUCAGAUAAAUUGGUUGUUGAUGAAACAAUGUUGUGUCUAAAAAAUUUAAGUUAUCCAUGACAGCCAAGUAUUUGUAUUAAUAUUUUAAAAAUAAAUAAAAUGUGUUGCUAACAUUUUUACAGCAUUUUCUUUUUAUGUUUAAUGAUUUUAAAGAUUUAUUUUAUUUUAUUUGAAAAAUCUUGAUUUCAAGACAUGGGAGAAUAAGUAAAAAUGAUAUUCACUUACAAUGACUAUGAAAAAUUGUGAUAAUCCAUGUGUUGUCUGACUGUGUGAUGCUUACAUUAGAAUCACAACAUAUUAUCACGAGGGUUUAUUUUUCCGAUGAGUCGUUUUAUGACAAAACAAAUUUAACCACUUUUCUUUCUAGAAAAAAUGUCUGUAAAAGGUCACAGCAGUUACUCCUACGAGUUCUGUGAUGAGACUCACUCAUCUGAGUUGCUGGACGUACUCCAUCAGUUUCACACAAGCGGUCUGUUCACAGACAUCGCCUUGCGGUCUUCAUCGGGACAGGUCUUCCACUGUCACAAGGUGGUCCUGUCCUCACGCAGCUCCUACUUCAAGUUAAUGUUCACAUUAGACAUGAGGGAGCGUGAGAAUGACAUCAUCAGCCUGCCUUGCACAGACGGAAACAUUCUUGGUUCUUUGAUAAACUACGUCUACACCUCAAAGAUCAGCAUUACCCAAAGCAAUGUUCAGAGCCUUCUGGAGGCGGCAGACCUACUUCAGUUCACCUCCGUCAAAACAGCCUGCGAGAACUUUCUGAUUCGCCUGCUGGACAUCGAUAACUGCCUCGGGAUGCAUUCGUUCGCUGAGCUUCACGUGUGCUCCGCCCUGCAGCGUGAAGCUUUGAGGGUCAUGCUGGGACGGUUUGCGGAGCUCACGGAUCAGGACGAGUUUCACGAGGUGGAUUUCCAAAAGCUCAAGAUGAUAUUGACCACGGAGAACCUCAACGUAUGGAAAGAAGAGACGUUAUUGGGGGCGGUGGUGAAGUGGGUCUCUCAUGACACGGUGGUCCGAAUAGACCACCUUCAGGAGCUUCUCGCCUGCGUUCGUCUCGAGGUGGAUGACGUUUACCUCAGAACUGCUUUAGAUCUACACAGUCGUUGCUCUGAAAACAUACUGCGCUCUCUUAUCGUCAGCUCUUUAAAACCAAGCAAUCAUUUAUCUCAUUGCUGCAAGACACUGACAAGCAGCUUGUACGUUAUAGGAGGAUAUUACUGGCAUCCGUUGUGUGAAGUCCACACAUGGGAUCCUAUCUCCAACACCUGGACUCAAAGAAAAGACAUUCCCGAUUUUGCACGGGAGAGUUACAGUGUUGUACUUUUGGACCCUAAUAUCUAUGUGACCGGAGGCUACAGGACAGAAACUGUGGAUGCUUUAGAUACCGUAUGGAUUUAUGGAACAGACACAGAUGAAUGGACAGAAGGAUGCCCAAUGCUUACAGCCAGGUAUUAUCAUUGCUCGGUGGCUUUACGGGGAUGUAUUUACGCCAUAGGUGGAUACACAGCAGGAGCCCCUACACGAGAAACUGAAUUCUAUGACCCUUUGAAAAAGAAAUGGCUCCCUGUGGCAGAUAUGAUACAAGGUGUUGGAAAUGCUAGUGCUUGUGUAAUAAAUGACCGAAUCUAUGUAACCGGAGGGCAUUAUGGGUACAGAGGAAGCUGCACUUUUGAGAAGAUUCAGAUCUACAGGGCAGAUGUCAAUGAAUGGAGCAUUAUAACAAUAUGUCCACAUCCUGAAUACGGCCUGUGCUCUGUGUCAUUAAACAAUAAACUGUACCUGGUCGGCGGUCAGACCACCAUCACAGACUGUUACGACCCCGAGCAGAAUGAAUGGAGGCAGAUAGCAAAAAUGAAGGAGAGAAGAAUGGAGUGUGGCGCUGCAGUAAUAAACGGAUGCAUCUACGUAGCGGGUGGAUAUUCGUACUCGAAGGGGGCGUAUCUGGAGAGUAUAGAGAGAUAUGACCCUGAGAUGGACUGCUGGGAGAUUGUGGGAAACCUUCCGUCGGCCGCCCGCUCGCACGGAUGCGUUUGUGUGUUCAGUUUGUGAAAUCUCUUCUGAUGUUAUAGUCAUGCGUCAACGGAUUCAGGUCAUUGUGAUAAUGUCAAUGUGGUAACAUCUUUGUGUGUAAUUUGUCACUAACAUUGUGUGAGAAAUGGUUUGGCCUGUUCUCGGCAGGAAGAUAUUUCAAAAUAUGAAUGGCAUGAAAUAUUACAUCUGAUAACGUCACUUCUGCAAACUAUACACAGCAGAAUUUAACAACUACACUUAAUGCUAAUUGCAAAAUGAAAUGAAUCAUAUAAUUGUGCACUAUGGGGAUGGUAAAAUAAAUAGUGUGUUAGCAUUUGAAAAGGAAAUGUCAAAAGAGGUACAUCCAUUUACAACUCAAUGGUCUUGAAUUCAUUUGUUAGAGGCAUUCAAAUGUCUCAUUCUCAAAUGCCACGAGAAGCCUUGAUUCAACAAAACUACACCAGAUAACUGACAUCGCAAA